GUGAAAGAUUCUGUCGAGAAAAACGCAUACUGUGCCUUUAAAAUGAUGACGCGCUCAAAUCGCCGGUCCAGAGAAACAGGAAGUUGCUUGCCAGCGUUGUGCAGAGUUUUCCAAUACAGUGUUUGUGGAAAGACAGGAAGAUGUGCACGCACAACACUUCAGGAUGGGGUUUUCUUUCAUUUAAAGAUGGUCUUGUCUGUCUGCAGAUGUGAUCAUAAAUUUGGGGUUGCCAGUGCGCUGAGGUUCUGGAUUUUGUAAGGUGUUUUACCCUUAGGCCGGACUGACUUAGCUUGCUAGUUUCCAUAUGUAUAGGUUCAUUAUGAUGUGCCAGAUCUAAUCCAGACUGUAACGUUGUACUCAAAUAUUGGUGCUUUUUAUUGAUAUUAAUUUUCAAGGAUCACAGUAAGUCCAUCUUGAGUCCUAAAGGUCAAGUGCUUUUUGUGUCAGACGCACAACCAAUGUUUUUUUUUUAUUUAACUUAGGGUGGCUUUGAGGUGCCCUUCCUUAAAUUUAUUUCUGUAUAUAACUUGGUAAUAGCGCAACACUGAUAAUGUCCAGACAAACAGUAAUAAGUGCAGCUGUUGUCACCCUGCUGGGCACUACUUUGGGUGGCCUGGUGAUAUGGAAAGCAGUGAAAAGCUGGAGACAGAAAAUCUCCAAAAGGAACCAGAAUGGAGAGCUAGGGAAAGUGAGGAAGAGGGAGCAGCAGCAGGAGGAGUUGGAGGGUGUGGUGGCGAGCGAGCAUUCUCAUUGGCCCAUGCUUCCCCUGCCUGAGCAGCUGCUGAAGGUGGAACCAGCCCUGGUGUCCCGCCCUGACGACUGGGAGGAGGUGUGGCCAGCUGUGCAGAGGGAGCUGGGAGUCUACCCAGUACUGGGCAUCGACUGCGACUGGAUGUCGGUGAAAAGGAAAGCUGGCCCUGUGGUUCUCCUACAAAUGUCCACAUUUAGUGGUCUCUGUGUUGCCAUUCGUCUGCUGAAAUUCCAAGGGGAUGGGCAGACCAUCCCUCGCAGCCUGCUGGACAUCUUGCAGGAUGACUCCAUUCUGAAAGCUGGAGUUGGCUGUUACGAAGAUGCCUGCAAGCUGAUGCGAGACUAUGGAAUCACAGUAAACUGCACUGUGGAUCUCCGGUACCUGGCCAUGAGGCAGAGAAGAACCCUCAUCCAUAAUGGCCUGAGCCUGAAGUCAUUGGCGCAAGACAUCCUGAACCUCUCCCUUGACAAGUCCUUGCAGCUGAGAUGUAGCAACUGGGAAGCUGAGGAACUUUCCCAGGAGCAGGUAACGUAUGCGGGCAGAGAUGCCCAGGUAUCUGUUGCUUUAUUCUUUCACCUGCUGGGACUUGUUUCCAUGACAACUCCAGAAGGCACAGCUCCGGAAAGUGUGUGCAAACAGCUGCUGGCCAAGUGUCAGGGGCUGGUGGAUGUGCCAUUCAAAGAGAGAGGAGGAGGAGGAAAGGAGGAGGAGCAGGAGCAUGGGGGCGCAUUGGUCAGUGGAGACAAGAAACUCUGGAACAGGAGGACAGGGUCGGACAGCAGAGCUCCUGCGGACGGGCAGGUGGUGGACCCCUGCAAACACAAGCACAAGCGUCUGGGAGUUGGUUAUUCAGCCAGGAAGUCUCCGCUAUACGAUAACUGCUUUCUGCAUGCCCCGGAUGGGCAGCCCCUGUGUACCUGUGACAAGAAGAAGGCCAAGUGGUACCUGGAUAAGGGAAUAGGAGAGUUGCUGAGCGAGGAUCCGUUCAUUGUAAAGUUAAAGUUUGAGCCAUCAGGCAGACCAGAGUCCCAGCAGGAUUAUUACCUCACUGCCAAGGAGAACAUCUGUGUGGUGUGUGGAAGGACCGAGUCUUACAUCAGAAAGAACAUUGUCCCUCACGAAUACCGACGGCACUUCCCGAUCCAGAUGAAGGACCACAACUCCCACGAUGUGCUGCUCCUGUGCACUUCCUGCCACGCAGCCUCCAAUUACCAUGACAACCUGCUGAAGCAGCGGCUGUCGGAGGAGCACUGCGCCCCCCUGGGGUGCGAGGAGGGAGUGCGGCCACUUGAGGACUCUGACCGGCGGCAGGUCCGCUCUGGGGCGCGAGCCCUGCUCAAAGCAGACAGCCUGCCAGAGAGCCGCAGGGAGGAGCUGCUGGGGACCCUGCGCACAUUCUACAGCCUGGACAAGAUCACACCAGCCUUGCUGCAGGAGGCAGCCGGGCUGGAGACCAGGAUCUUCAGUGAGAGCUAUAUCCCUCACGGUCUGAAGGUGGUCCAAGCCCAUGCUAAGGGUGGUCUGCGCGGCCUGAUGGAACUGGAGAAACGUUGGCGGCAGCACUUCCUGACCUCCAUGCAGCCAUGCCACAUCCCCCCGCUGUGGUCCGUCGAGCACAACCACAGCAAACUGCUACGCAAAUACGGGGAGGAUCUUGAGAUCCAGCUCAACUGAGAAUCGCAAGCACAGUCGGACGGACUGGGAGGAGGGUUCAGCCACAGCGGACGGAUCCAUAUGAACACUGCUGCUUUUUGCUUCCCUGUCCUAAUUGUUGUUUUUUUUUGUUUUUUUUGUUUUUUUAAUGCGUUUAGUCAUUC